UCUCCAUUAAACCCACCGCCAUCCUUCCUUCUCCUCCUCCCAUCCCCUCCCCUGUCUCUCCUUUCCCCCAAGCGCGCCCAAAAGCUUCAGUCCCGCUCUCCACAACCUACACCGCCGUGCACGGCGGCGAUAUCCGCACUCUCUUGCAAGAAAACACCAACUCUAUCGACCACAAUGGCGGCCACCGCGGCCUCUGAUGUCACCGACGGACCAGUCCUAUCUUUCAUCAACAAGCGUAUCCGUGGCCUCCGAAAGAAAUACAACCGCAUCGUCCAGAUGGAAGAGUCUAUUGCCCAGGGUAAACCCAUCAACAACGAGCAAGAAGAAACUCUCAAGACCAAACCCUCCAUAAUAGCUGCCAUCGAUGAGCUUGAGAAGCUCCGUCAACCCCUCUCAUCCGUGGUCGUAGAGGAAGUCAAUCUUGCCAUCCAACGCCACCAAGUCUCCACCGCCCAACCCACCGAAACCAAAGAUCCUGAAGAAAAUAACACAAACAAUGACCUCGAAAGUCAAUAUGACUUGGUGGUUGAUGAUCUGUUGAAGUUGCUUUACUUUGGGAGUAUGUUUGAUGUGAAGUCUCAGAACGAUUUCACAGCGACGAUGCUGACGAAAAUUCACGAAAGAGGGUGUUGUUUGACCUAUGAUUAUGUGACUGAUGAUGAUGCGAAUGACCUGCUUGGUGAGAGGGAUUUGGAUUUAAUUUCGAUGCUCGGUGGGUUCUUGAUUUCCCGGCCAGUGGAUUCGAGUUUGUCUCACAAGAAUGCUUUGCAGAGGUGCAUUGAGCAUGCAAAGCUUUGGCUUUCAAAAUCUGAUCAACCCAUUGGGGCAAAUUCAGCUGUUACUUAUGCUCAGUUGAGGGAGAAGCUGAACAAGAUUAUGGCUUCGGACUACUUCACAACGACACCGGAGAUGAAGGCUCCAGUUGAAGUGGCGGCGGCUGCUUCUGGAAAUUAUGGGUCUUUCCAGGUGCACGAGUCUGUGGUGCCGGUCCAAGUGGAAGGCUCAGUUGGGCAUUAUCAGCAGGAGGUAAAAACUAGAUUUACUUGUGAUAAUUAGGGACUUAUAAUGUUUUUGUUCUGUACAUGUUUGAUUCUCUAUAUAAGGCAGUGCCAAAUCGUGGAGCUAGAAAUUUUGUUCGGAGGGUGCACUUUAACUAUAAACUUAAAUUUUUCUUUCACUUGAUAAAAGUAACCUAACACAUUUAAAUUUAUUAUAUUAUAUUUGAUACUCAAACAUUUAUUAGAUACAAAAUGGUUAAACAUUGAUAUAUAUAUAUAUAUA